AUGGACAAAAGAGUACGGAAGUGUGUACGGGAUUCACGGAGGGAACCAUCAAGACCCUGGUCAUUUCGGAUCCGGACCUAGUCCACGAAGUUUUGGUCAAACAGUAUGACAACUUUUACGGACGGAAAACGAAUCCGAUCGAUGGAGAUCCGGACAAGGACAAGCGGAUCAAUUUGUUCAACGCGCAGGGAUUUCGAUGGAAAAGAUUGAGAGCCAUAUCGAGUCCGACUUUUUCGAAUGGAAAUCUGAGAAAAUUGAAGGAUACUGUCGAGGAUUGUGCGAUCGAAUUGUUGAGACACAUUGAGGAACAGACGGCCGGAGGGCAACAGAUUGACAUGUUGGAGUGAGUUGAGGGUUUUUUGAAUACAAUUGAUCAUAGUUUGGUCUAACGCAAUUACUAAAUUUCAAUUCAACGCGCGUUUCCUAGGCCAUUUGCUACAACAUUUCCCAGAAUGUUCUCAUCGUUAUUAGCCUCUGUUUUCUAGAUUCUAUCAAGAGUUCACAUUGGAUGUGAUCGGUCGAUUGGCGAUGGGUCAAAUUGGAUCCCAGCAGUUCAGAAACCCAAUGUUGAAACAUGUCAAAGCGGUAAGUCGAUUCUACUCACACUUUUCCUAUUCAAAAUUCAAUCAAAUUCCAGGUUUUUGGUGAGAACCGCACGAAAUCAACGUUUCUGAUCGGCGGAAUCGUGCCCGCGUUCGCCCAGUUCUUCCGAUUCUUCAUGCUGAAACUGCCGUUUCUUGGGCGCCGCCAACUUCAUUCACAUCAUGAAAACCAUGGUGGCGGCGGUGCAGACUAGGAUAAAAGAGAGAGAGGAGGACGGAAAACGGGGCAUCGAGACGGGGGAGCCGCAGGAUUUCAUCGAUCUGUUCCUGGAUGCGCGCGCGGAUGAAGUCGAGCACUUUGGGGAGGGAAAUGAGGAUUUCAGCAAGAGCAGUAGCUAUGUGAGUACUUUUUAUGUGUAGACCAUAUCGAAAAUGUUUAGGCCAACCGUCAGCUAACAAUUGAAGAGAUUGAGAGUCAAUGUUUUGUUUUCCUCAUCGCUGGCUUCGACACAACCGCCCUAUCGCUCUCUUUUUCCACUUUUUUGUUGGCCAUUCAUCCGGAAAUUCAACAAAAAGUGCGAGAAGAAGUGGACAAAGAGUGUCCGGACCCGAAAUUUCAUUCGAUCAACUGACAAAGCUGAAAUAUUUGGACUGUGUCAUCAAAGAGACCCUCCGGUUGUAUCCACUCGCUACUUUGUAAGUGACUUUUGCUAUUCUAGUCUAUUUCUAUCAAAAAAUGUUUGAGAGGAAACUCGCGGAAGUGCAUGAGAGCCACCCAGCUCGGCAACGUAUCGAUAGAACCGGGAACGAUGAUCCAAGUGGACACGUGGACCGUGCACACGGAUCCGUCGAUCUGGGGAGCGGACGCGGAGUCAUUCCGGCCGGAAAGAUGGGAAGGCUCGACGGAGCAGCAUAAAAGCGGCGGCUACAUUCCAUUCGGACUGGGACCGCGACAAUGCAUCGGAAUGCGGCUCGCUUAUAUGGAGGAGAAGCUGCUCCUGGCUCAUCUCCUCCGCAAGUACACCUUCCAGCCGGGCGCCCGCACUCGCAUCCCGCUCAAGUUGGUCGGAAGGGCCACCACGCAGCCGGACAGUGUUUGGAUGCAUCUCAAAGCGAGGGAAUAA